UCUUUUUUCAUCCACCACAGCCAGAGAGUUGUCCACACAAACAAAAAUCUGACUCAAAAACAUGCUCUGUUAAGCUCGCUUCCAAAACUUAGCCAAAAGAAUUUAGCAAAAGAUAUAUUGAGAUUGAUGUGAAUUCUCAAGCUGUACUCUUUCAAAGCUUGUUUUAGAAAGUUUCUGAGCAGACGUUUUAUCUUGGUCUUAAGGAUGGACUGUGGUUCUCUAACCUUUACACAUAGCGCAAUGGUCUUGUUGUGUGGUAAAGGAAAGUUUCUAACACCCAAAGUGGGGCCAUUAAAUGCUUCCUUCCAAAAGAAUGCAGAACACCUGAAGCUUAGCCGACAUCGGGGUCUUGGUUCACUUGAUUCUUUCCAGCAUAGUAGCAUUAAAAUUAAACUCCCAUUGAAGUAUAGAAGUCCAUCACUGAACUUGUGUCGAUCAUAUCCAUUGGUCAUCAGGAGUGAACUUCCUCAAAAUGCUGAUUUUCCACGCUACUAUUCAAAGAAGGAGAAAAAGCCAUUUCCAGUACCCGUUGUGGAGCUGAGGCGGGCUGCUAGGGAGAGGGUCAAGAAGAUGAAAGGCCAGCCUAAACGACCUGCUCCACCACCAAAGAAUGGCCUACUUGUCAAGAGGCUCAUACCAGUUGCUUAUGAUGUGUUUAAUGCGAGGAUUACACUGAUUAACAAUCUCAAGAAACUCUUAAAGGUGGUUCGUGUGCAUGCUUGCAGCGGCUGUAAUGAAAUUCACGUGGGACCUGUUGGACAUCCAUUCAGAUCUUGUAGAGGUCCAAAUGCUGGCUUCCGCAAGGGUCUUCAUGUGUGGACAAAUGCAACUGUUGAUGACAUAGUCUGGGAAGUAGAAGCCUACCACCUCUAUGAUCGCCUUGGAAAGCGUAUUCCUCAUCAGGAGAGAUUCUCAAUUCCUCGGAUUCCAGCCAUAGUUGAGCUCUGCAUCCAAGCUGGUGUCAAUAUUCCUGAAUUUCCAACAAAAAGGAGAAGAAAGCCAAUCAUCCGCACUGGGAGAAAGGAGUUCAUUGAUGCAGAUGAAAGUGAACUCCCAGAUCCUGUCCCUGAAGUUCCUGAGACGCCAUUAUUAACGGAAAUACCUGAUUCAGAGAUAGUAGCCCCAUCUGAUGAAGCCAGCAUUGCUUGGCUUGCUGAGGAAACACUACAAGCAUGGGAAAAGAUGAGGGGAGGAGCCAGCAGGUUGAUGAAGAAGUACCUGGUAAGGGUUUGUGGGUAUUGCCCAGAGGUACAUGUUGGUCCUAGUGGGCACAAGGCACAGAACUGUGGGGCUCACAAGCACCAGCAGCGGAAUGGGCAGCAUGGUUGGCAGGCGGCAGUGCUAAAUGACUUGAUACCACCAAGAUAUGUGUGGCAUGUUCCUGAUGUAAAUGGACCACCAUUGCAGCGAGAGCUGAGGAACUUCUAUGGUCAAGCACCUGCUGUAGUCGAAAUAUGCACACAAGCUGGCGCUGUUGUGCCGGAUGAGUACAAAUCAACAAUGAGGUUGGAUGUGGGGAUCCCCUCGGAUCUUAGAGAAGCUGAACUGGUAGUUUAAGGUGAUUUUGUUUCUUUCUUCAGUUUCUUUUUGCCCCCCUACACCUCCUCUUUCAAAUACAAUAUAAUGUAUGUAGAAUAUUGAGAUAGAAUACAGUGUGGAAACUUGGAAAGCUCAAUCUGAUGGUGGUCAGCAACAAGAACUACGUCACACAAUUGCCUUUCAUCAGGACAGGGAGAUCCUGCGAUUACGGAGUUACUCUGAUCCCGCCACUGAGACCAUGUUAACUUCAUUGUUGGAAUAUCCGAAAAGACCUGGACCAAUGAAUAACUAUUACAGCUGCAUUAGCAGCAGCUUCGAGAUGAAUGCAUUUGCAAAGAUAUUGGUGUUCACCAUAUUAAUGCAGAUUAAUCGCAGUUGCCACUUGUUUCUACAGAACAAUGGGGACACAGAAUGACAGAAUUGCAACAGCAAGAGGAUGAGCAUAGCAUAGGCUUGAUACCAAAAUUGUUAUAAAACAGAUUGUAACAUAUUUACUAUAUAUGUAGGGUGAUCAUUAUUAA